AUGGCAGCGACUAACGGAUGCAUUGGACAGGUAGAAACUCUUUCCGGUUCAACGGGUCCGGAUUUCAAAGGAGGACACAACGUCAAUCUCCAUGCGAAGCACGGUUUUGGUAAUGCUCAUGAAAAUGUGGUCGGAUCCGUGGGUCUAAGCGGUAAUACAAGAGGUGGACCGGCAACGGGUAGUUUGGGAGUUGACUACAAUAGAGGAUUGAAUAGUGCUGGAGUAUUCGGUUCACACACCCCGGGACAGCAGAACACGAUCGGCGCCCAAGGCAAUCUUAACCUGUUCAACAAUAAGAGAGACCGCUUAGAUCUAUCAGGAUCCGUCAGUAAAACGCACACGCCUACCAACGAAAUGCACAAGUUUGGAACGGGAGUCCAGUUCAACGACCACGGAGCAUCCUUCUCCAAGACCUACAUUCCCGGUGUAGGAUCACAAACGCGGCUCGAUGGUGCAGCGAAUUUGUUCAAAACCGACUCCAACCGGCUGGACGGUAACGCUUUUAAAACCUUCAACAAACCCAUCAAUGGUCCGUCCUUUGGCAGUCACGGUGCCGGACUGGAUUGGAAUCAUGCCCGAGGGCACGGAACUUCGGUGGGAUUCGAUAGGACACCAGCGCUAAGAGAAACAAACGUGUUCGCAACCGGGAAGGCAAAUCUGUGGCAAAACCGGGGUAGCUCACUGGAUGCAUUCGGAAGCGUUAAUAAAUCACUUGCCGGACCAAAUCGGGGCAAAUCCAACUUCGGCGCCGGUGUGGGUUUUUCGCAUCGUUUUUAA